ACUUUACAUGCUCACAAUUCAGUUUGUGUAGGUCAUUCUGCGUACAGUUUGGGAUGUCUGACGUACCUAGGAUUGAUAUCACGCUUCAUGGGCAGGAUCAUUUAUUGACUUUCUGGAAUGAGCUCAAUGCUAAGGAGCAAUCUGAAAUCCUCAAUGAUAUUUCGAAGAUAAAUUUCUCUGCUCUCGGCCGAAUUUUUGAUACUCCUCCAAACUGCUCUUCCGGAAUCGAUGACAGGCUCUUGCCACCUAAUCCAGAGAUAUGUAAAUCUCUGUCGGAGUUGCGCACUUCGCAACCUCUCUUACUGGAACGCUAUCUCAGUAUUGCUUUGCGGGCAGUCAGUGAAAAUAAAGUGGCGGUUCUAUUGUUAGCGGGUGGUCAAGGGACACGACUUGGUGUUUCCUAUCCCAAAGGGUUGUACAAGCCGAAUUUACCAUCAGGUCGUUCAUUAUAUCAACUUCAAGCCGAGCGUCUUCACCGUGUUUCUCAUAUGUGUAAAGAAAAGUUUGGUAAAACUCCUUCGAUAACUUGGUAUAUCAUGACUUCUGAGCACACAAAAGAAACAACUGUACAGUUCUUUAAAUCAUCUAAUUAUUUUGGACAUAAUUGUGACAACAUUGUAUUUUUUGAACAAUACACUCUUCCAGCCUUUUCUCUAGAUGGAAGAAUCCUGUUGCAAACUAAGUCUAAACUAACAUCAGCUCCAGAUGGAAACGGUGGUUUGUACAGGGCUCUUAAAGAGCGCGGUAUUCUCGAUGAUAUGAAAUUAAGAGGAAUCGAAUAUGUCCAAAUUUAUUGUGUUGAUAAUAUUCUGGUAAAGGUACCUGAUCUUCACUUUAUCGGAUACUGCAUUGAAAAUAAUGCAGAUUGUGCUGCAGAAGUUGUUCAGAAGCUAGACCCAGAAGAACCGCUUGGAGUUGUUGGAGUAGUAGAUGGUCAGUAUCAGGUCGUAGAAUAUACUGAGAUAUCUCCCGUUACAGCAUCCUUACGUGUAAGUCAAUAUGACUCUCAUAAUAAUGCACACAAUUCAAACAAUGGUGAAACAAGUCGUUUAGUUUAUAGUCAUGGAAAUAUUUGUGUACAUUUCACAACGAGAUCAUUUUUGGAACGUGUUUGUCAGGAUGAUAUACAAAUGAAAAUGCGUUAUCAUCGAGCUCAAAAGAAAGUUAAUUGUAUAGAUUUGCAAACAGGAGAAUUGAUUGUCCCUCAAAAACCGAAUGCAAUCAAAUUUGAAAAAUUCGCAUUCGAUGUUUUUCCAUUUGCUCAUCGAUUUUUUAUAUGGGAAGUUCCUAGAGAUGAACAAUUUUCUCCGCUUAAGAAUGGACCAGGUGCAAUUAAGGAUUGUCCUAAAACAGCUCGACUUGAUUUACUUAAUUAUCAUACUCGCUUAGCGGAAAACGCUGGUGCAAUACUAGUAAAUCAUAGUUCUACGUCUAAUGGGAACGGACACGUAGACAAUGUUCAUGACAAGCCCUUAAUUGAAAUUUCACCUUUGAUUACUUACAAUGGUGAAAACUUAACAUGUCUAAAAGGUGUUGAAAUUCAUGGUCUCAAUCGUUUGGAACAAGACAUAGGAACUGGUAAACCAAUUUUAUUUUCUUGUGAAAUGAAUGGUGACAUCUAGUCAAGAUGUGUAUAAAUUUUUUCUUUUAACACUGAUAUACACAAUAACCAUACAUACAAAUGGUCUUCCCUACUUAAUAUAUUUAACCACGUUCAUGCUGUGAUUUUUCUAUGAGUUGUUUUGUUUCAUAUAUUUUAGACAUUCCAUAUUACAAACUGUUUUUUUUUUGUAACUGUUCGCUUAUAUGUUAAUGUUUGAAACUAUCUGUUCUAAUGUGAUUUUUUUUUUAAAAAGAAAAUUCAAUUCAUCAAAUGUUGUGUACAAUCAGUGUGAAAUUCAUUCUUUUCUAAUUCUAUAUGUUCAUUUUACUUUUUAAAUGUGCUCAGUAAAUAUGAUUGGCUUUGUUAGCAAUAAUCUAUGAUACUAAAUUAUACUGUUGCUAUCCUCUCUUUUAUUUAUCAAUUUGUUUUGUAACUUUUAUUCUUAAAAAAAAUAAAAUAAAUACACUUGGUAUUGUUUGGCUUGUAUCAUCCCAUUGAGUUUUUUUUAAGACUGCAAUUGACCAGUCUGUUAUUGGCAUAUGUGCAUGCUGUGCGUAUGCCUCGAUAUUGCCUUAAUUCACAAGCUUUUUGUAAUCAAUGAUGGACCCAGUAGCUGAGUGGAUAACGCGAUGGCGUUUGAAGCGAAUGGUACUGGGUUCGAGUCCUAGAGUGAACAUCAACUCUGAGACGCAUGUGCAUCCAGCUGACGAGUCCCAAAUAGGACGAAACGCCCGUCCCGGAUUCCUCUGCUAGCCACUGUCCAUCGUUGCUUAUAAAAUAAACAAUUAAAAGUUUAUUUUUAAUCUUUGGUUGAUUUUUUUUUCAAAAAAAGAGAAAGUUCAUUUGUCUUUGUUCAUGUUUUGACUUUUGUUCUUGUUGAUUAUCACAUGAUAAAAUCACCAAUCAGUA